GAUAUCACCGUGGGUGCAUAUCUCUGCCCUCCCUCGCACUUUAAAGAGCGUCAUUUCCACGCAAACUCAACCUCAACUGGACGUAACCAAGGCCACUACUGGUGUCGUCCAGCAUGUCUCACUUGUCCGCCAUUAAUUCUCUGGGGUUGAAUGCCUCUAGAAUAAGGAUACCCACCCGAAGACUGGGUCUACAAAAUAGCGACCGGAUAGGUUGGCGCUUUCAGAGCCACAAAUCGAACGACAAUGGGAAAGAGAAUGAGGUAGCUGGUCAAGAACCGCCUCAAGCGAAACCACUCAGUGGAUACUACAAAUUACUUCUGAAUGAUCCGCAAUACGGGACUCAGCCGACUCAGCCUACGACAAGGAAGCCUGCUGCGACAGCUCGCAAGGAGCGAUCAACAAAGAGCGACAGAGAGGAGCGCGCGGCCAAGGCUCGUGUGGUCUUUGGCUCGCGUCUGGCAGGGCCAGUCGAGCGCCAGGCGCGAAGGGAAGAAAUUGCAUCAAAGUCCGUGACUAUUGCAGGCAUUAAAGUGCCACCUCGGCCAGGCGAGCCUGAUAAUUGCUGCAUGUCGGGCUGCGUCAAUUGUGUCUGGGAUCGAUAUCGCGACGAGCUCGAAGAAUGGGCAGCAAGGACGGCCGAGGCUCGGCAGGCAUUGCAAAAGCAAAAGGAAGAGGAACGCAGAAUUUCUGCCGCAAAAGAAAUUAAAGACGUUCCACAGCAUGUCGCUUCCAGCAUGGAUGAUGACGGCGGUGGUAGUGGAUCACAAUGGGGAACUGGCCUUGCCGGCGGCACAACAGCGGAGCAGAAAGAUCUUUUCGCGGACAUUCCCAUUGGCAUCAGAGAGUUCAUGCGUACGGAAAAGAAAUUGAAGGAGAAGCAUCUUCGGGAGGGCAGCGCUCGUGGUUGAAGCCCUGCCGAGCAACCGAAGCGCGUGCACUGUACAGAUAUUACUGCAUAGCGUUUUCUAAUACGGUUUGUUAGAAGAGCGAGGGAAUGAGGGAACCAUGCCGUUUGUAUAUACUGGUCGAAGUUCAAUACCCAGGGGAGAUCUUGCGGGGCAAGAUGUCCGCAUGUACAGAAAGAAUAGAAAUGCGUCGAUAGAUUUAUGCGAGCGAGAUAUCAUAGUUCAAUGCAUAUAGUUCUUUUGUUUUCCUAAUCCACGUCCACGCCCUUUGCCCUCAGCUCCGUCCGUGCCAAGUUGAUCUCCUCCAUCAAUUCCUUAUGCGCAUUCGGUACGUCAUUGAAUGUGAAAACACCCCAGCCGAGCUUGAAUAAAAGUAAUGCGCCAAAGGAGACGAGAGCCCAGAAAGGAAG